AUGACCAUGGCGCCCAAUGAAAUGGAUCCAUACGCGGCUUCCCAUAUAUAUUACGGAAAGGAUACUCACGAUGCCAGUAAAAUGUUCCGACCUCGCACAUAUUCUACGAACCAGAGCACAAAUACAGAAAAAUCUGGACUAAGAUUACUUGUGCGGAGAAGCAGUCAUGGUAGGCUAAGUUGUUUUCCUCAAGAAAAAAAUCCUUUUCCUCACUAUUUUCAGAUGAGCUUUCUUUAUUUCCGAAUCGCUUCCUUUUGA